GACUUUAGGAGAAUCAUUGGCACCUCCUUAAAAGCAGAAUACUGUGUAUUUUUUUUUUCCUUUUUAGUUUUGCAUUUUUGAUUUGAAUAUGUAAAGACAGACAAAACAAACCAAAAGGUGAUCUGUGGCAAGGAUGGGAACAGAACUGGGAUAGGAUGACUAAUCUGAAAUUGAGAAAAGUUGGGAAUGAAGUAAGGAUACUAUCCGUUGUUGUUUGCAUGGAGCAAUACCAGACUUCUCAUUUAAAUAAACAGCUUAAAGAACUAUUUGAGCAUCACUGUGAACAUUGACAGCCAUACCAAACCUUUCUGUGGAUUGACAUUUCCCUUCCAGGUAACCAUCAGUGAAUGACUUUAGUUUUAUUCAAUCACAAUUUUGUUACAGUAUUUAAUAACACACCUGCAUUCUUCAUAUCUCUAGGAAUCCCCAGCUGGAGCAUAGAGUAUUAUACUAAAAGUGGGAUCAAGCAGUUCUGGAUUUCACAUUGGAAUACAGUGCUUUGAACGUUGAGGCUGAUUUUACGUGUAUUACACAUACGUCACUGUGUUUCCUAAUGUUCACCUUGUAUUAAGAAAGUGAGCCAGCACUAAGGAUUUUCUAGCCAAGCUGAAUUUUCCCCAAGUGUGUGUAUGCAAUAACACAAAACAACAAUUACUGUCGCUGUAGUACCAUAGUUAUCUCUGAGGAUGAGGAGAGGUCGCAGUUCAGGCUCCUUCAGAAAGGAGAAGAAGGAGAAGAUGACCUCUAUAUCCCGCGCUCUGAGCUGGAUCAACUUCUCCACGCUGACCCGGCAUACCCGCCUCCUGUUCCACAGCAGUGGGGAGCUGUCGUCAGGGCAACAGGGAGAGGGGGAGGAUGACGAAGAUUGGGUUUAUGCCCCUUUGCAUCGGAAAGCUGUCUCUAACUUGGAUGACGAGAGUAAGUGGACAGUCCAUUAUACAGCCCCCUGGCACCAGCAGGAGAACAUCUUCCUGCCCACGAAUAGACCAGCCUGUGUGGAGGACCUACACCGGCAGGCCAAGGUCAACCUGAAGACCGUGCUGCGAGAAUGUGACAAGCUGAGGAACGAUGGAUUCCGCAGUUCACAGUACUACUCUCAGGGCCCCACCUUCUCAUCCAACCUGUGUGAUGGCAGCCUUCCUGAGCAUGACAACCCUGAUAGAAAGUCCACAGUUUUAUCGGCCAAGGAUGAGAAGCUAAUGUAUUCCAUGAGACCCAACACUCUGGUACUUGGUGACGUUUCUGAUAUUGACAUCCAGACCAACUGGACCAAGUCCCUCCCACUGCCGACCCCUGAGGAGAAGAUGCGCCAACAGGCCCAGGCUGUGCAGGCUGACGUCGUUCCCAUCAAUGUAACAGGGAAGACUUUUGACCGUCAGGCCAGCAUCCGGCGGUCCUUAGUUAACUCUGACACUGUGGUAAGAUGUCCGAAGAAAGUCAAAAGGAGAAAGACAAUUACAGGGGUUCCCGACAACAUCCAGAAGGAACUAGCUGGGCAUAAUGAACUUCGGGGUCACUCAAUGUACAUCCCAGGUCAAUAUUCCACUCUAGGUAGGAUAGGUAGUGGGCACUCUGCCUUGCAGAGAUCAGAGACAAGGGAUUUCAGCUGUCAGACAGAAGAAAUUAAAAUAGUGCCACCGUCAGUGAGAAGAAUUCGAGCACAGAAGGGACAAGGCAUUGCUGCUCAGAUGUCCCUGCCCAACUCUUCUUCUGGGAACAGGUCUACAGCCAAUGACACUGAGGGAGUCCUAUUUCUUCCCCAGAUUAAUGGCGACCUCCGUUUCCAUAGCCUACCAAGAUCUGGAGCAAGGGUGUCCUUGCAGUCAAUGGACAAAUCUGACAGGGCUGUAUAUAAAUCUGAAGAGACCUCUUGCAGCACCUUGCCACGGCAGAUCAGCAAACUUCAAGUGGAUGAAAGCGUGAUCCAUCUGAGGAAUACACCCAUGACAGGAACACUACCAAGGCCCAAGUCCCAAGAAGUAAGAAGCUUCCAAAGCGAUAGAGUGACAAGCCCAGCCUGUGUGGUGUCCCCUCACGCAACUUACUCAACAAGUGUCAUACCCAAUGCCACACUACCCUCAUCGACAGAGGUGAUAACAAUUCACACCACUCAAAAUUCAAGGAAAUCAAAUAACAAGACAAACUCAACAUCUACAUAUGCACCAGCCAGGCCCAUCAGUACUAUAUCCAUGAGCAAUGGGAUUGGCUUGAAGGAAGAACAAAAUUCUUCUUUUACUCCUGCAACACCAUCUUGCUGUGAUUCAGCUGCGUCCUUGAGUAUAGGAAGUAACACAGAGACAGGAUCACAGUGCAGUACUUUGGAUGGAAGAAACAGCUGCAGUAUGAAGGAUGCAAGAAGUGAUUCCAGUUACUCGGAAAGCAGUUUCCAUAGCAGGAGCACAAUCCCUGCUGAUCAGUGGAUAUAUGACACACCUGAGAAUGUCCUGCCUCAUAAGUCUUUGACAUCAAGUUGCUCCACGCCAGUCAAUCACAUUUACAGUAGCUUAGAGAGAAGUUCUAGUAAAACUGACACCAGCUCCUUGUAUUCCAUGGACAAUGACGGUUACUACACCUCCAUGCAUCUCGACUCUGGGCUUAAAGCCAGAAGCCAGUAUGGAAGCAGUAGUAUGGGGAACUCGAGACACAGUAUGUAUGAAAGUAGAGCCCAUCAAAGCCAGGAUGACAGGUUAAGUCUAAACAGUGAUAAGUCACUGUCACGUACCAUUUCUUUGAAGAAGUCAAAGAAGCCGCCUCUGCCCCCUUCUAGGACCGACUCCUUAAGACGUAAACCAGGUAAAAAGUCUAACUCCAAUGGGCCAGUCUUGAACGAAACACUGAUAGCCACCUUGCAGCAAUCGCUGCAGCUCAAUCUGAAGUGCAAGAGUGGAUCGACCCCAUCACAGAGCCCCUCCAGUGACUAUGAUGACCCCUGGGUGUUGCGCUCCCGAAGCCAGAGCACAGUCAGUGCCAGCAGCAGCAGCAGCAUGUCCACCUCUGGGCCAAACAUCUACUCCAUUUGCCCUGUCACCCCUUCACAGAGUGAUACCAGCAGUAUCAGGUCAGAGUACGCUGAUGCCUGGGGAUAUUACGUGGACUUCCCUGGGGUCCAAGACAGUCAACUGAAGUCUGCAAGUGUUGGUGCAGUUCUUGGGGAUUAUGGCAAUGGUUGCAGCCUCCCCAGUGGGUCAAGGGCUUUCAACCUGCAACAAGCACCAGGCACAUCUGUAAAGACAAAGAUGACCACCUCUCCAGAUAAGGUGCGCCGAGUAACCUCACCAUCCAGCGGGUACUCGAGCCAAUCCAAUACUCCCACUGCUGGCACUCCAGUGCCAGUCUUCUUGAGGUCUAUGUCACCUGCAGGUGGGAAGUCCAAGCCAAAAGUGCCUGAAAGGAAGUCAUCCUUGUUAUCAUCUGUGUCUGUCUCCUCCUCUUCUACAUCCUUGUCAUCAAAUACUUCUGACACACCAAGGAAUCAUGCCAAUCUCAUGAAUCCUCCGCCUCCACCCCCUCCAUUACCUCAACCUGGCAUUCCUAUGGCUCCUCCUCUCCCUCCUGGCUCUUUCAUGGAUCCCUUUUUUACCAGUGGCCCACCAAAGGCCCCUCCACCUCCCCCACCACUACUUCCCCCAAGCUCUUCCAUGGUAACUUCAUCUCCUGUCUUUACAGCAACUCAAAUGUUUACUCCCCCACCCGCACCACCACUCCCUCCACUACUCCCACAAGUUCCUGCAAUGACCUCUCCAACUGCACCCAACACCUCUCCUCCACACCCCACUUCUCCUAGCUUCCCUCCUCCUCCACUACUCCCACAAGUUCCUGCAAUGACCUCUCCAACUGCACCCACCACCUCUCCUCCACAUCCCACUUCUCCUAGCUUCCCUUCUCCUCCACUACUCCCACAAGUUCCUGGAAUGACCUCUCCAACUGCACCCACCACCUCUCCUCCACAUCCCACUUCUCCUAGCUUCCCUCCUCCUCCACUACUCCCACAAGUUCCUGGAAUGACCUCUCCAACUGCACCCACCAUCUCUCCUCUACAUCCCACUUCUCCUAGCUUCCCUCCUCCUCCACUACUCCCACAAGUUCCUGCAAUGACCUCUCCAACUGAACCCACCACCUCUCCUCCACAUCCCACUUCUCCUAGCUUCCCUCCUCCUCCACUACUCCCACAAGUUCCUGGAAUGACUUCUCCAACUGCACCCACCACCUCUCCUCCACACCCCACUUCUCCUACGUUCCCUUCUCCUCCAACAGAGGUCCUGUUGGAUCCUUCCUUCACAAUUGAUGUUAUCCACAGUCUGCCUUCUCCACCUCUUUUUCAUGUUCAUAUUCCUGUUACUCCAUUUCCCCCUCCCCCUCCUGCACCUCCUUUACCUGCUGUGGUUCCACCACCAGCUCCACCACUCAACCUGAAAGCCCUAAAAGUUGCCAUUAAGCCUACAAAUCCUGCCAGUAUCUUCAACAAUCAGCAUCCUGCUUCCAGUGAUAAGGGAAAGAGGCCUACUUCUAAUCAGCUUGAAUCCAGCAAGACAAUGAUGCCACUCAUCACACCUAAAACCCUUCAGAUGGUGCAAUUGAGGUCUGUCAGAAAGCCAGAAAUACUAGAAUUUGAAAAGACUACCCAAAAUCCUCAGGUAAAAGGUGAACUUAUUAAUUCCCAGAAUCCUUCUUCACCGGAAAAGCCCAAAUUGCUGGAACGUCCAUCUUCAUUGCAGACUAGUUCCACGAUAAAUGGCUUGAAGAAACCACCAACACCGGUUAAGAACUUCCAGUUAGUUAUUGCUAAGGAUGCUCAGAUCUCUGAGGCAAUAUCAGGUCCAGCCACUAGCAAUGACAUGUCUGAAAACCCUACAAUGCCAAACAAGUUGGAUGUCUUCUCAGGGAGAACAGGUGAGCUUCAGCCUUGCUCUCACACAACCUCACCUCAGGAGAAUGAAGCAUCUCCAUCUAAAGGAGGCAACACCACCCCUCCCAAAAAGAAACCCCUUGUCUUUUCAAAGAAACCCAACCUCACCCUGACUGUGCCGCCUGGGCAGACACUGUUGAUCAAAGCAGAGAACCAAGACUUGACAAAGGCACAUGUAACAAAGGUCCUAAGCCCUGAGAAUGGGGUUUCAAUUGCUACUGAAAACAGUGAGGAAGAGAAUGGCCUACUCAAGGUGCUACAGAGUGGAGAGGAGACAGAUUCUGGCAACUCGACUUCUGUAGCCAAAACCCCUGACUCUCUUUCCAGUGAGAGUACUGCAGAUGGCUUUUGGAAGGUUCAGACCUCGCUUAUCCAGCAGGAGGAACAGACCCUUUCAGACAACAAAAAUAUUUCAGAUGUUGAUGGAGACAGCAGCACUUCGGGAUCCAUAAGUUCCAAAGAAGAUGAAAAUGGUGAGGUUUUUGAAACAAACACAGCUAGCUCAUCGCCAGUAUCAAGUACUUGUGGAGAAAGUUCUGAAGAGAUGGCUACACCAACUAGACCCAGAACUACAGAUGAUUUGUUUGCCGCUAUACACAGAUCCAAAAGGAGAGUUCUGGGGAGGAAGGACUCCGAGGAAGACCGUGCAUGGAACCACUCCCCGUCUCCCCCUGUCACACCCACCGGAGGGGUCCCCAGCCUGGCCUCGCCGCACCGUCAGACAGGCUCCAUCCAGCGCAGCAUACGCAAAUCUGCCACCAGCAGUGACAACUUCAAGGCCCUACUGUUGAAGAAGGGCAGUCGCUCUGAGACCAGCUUCCGCAUGUCUGCCACAGAGAUGCUGAAAAACACAGCUCCCAAAUUCCAGAGGACAUGCUCAGAGUCCACUCUGGAUCUCCCUGACAGCCAUAGCGGCUCCCCCGGGAAGAACAAGCCAGCACAGGAUGAAUGGGCCAAGAGCGAGGGGUUUCUACCCAGGAGAGACUCCCUCUUAGGCACCAAGUACGGUCGCUCACGCACGCCUCCAUCAGCUGCCAGCAGCAGGUUCAAUGCCCGUAACCGCAUCCUCAGCAGCCCGAUGACAGUCAUUUGUGAGGGAGAGGGUGAACUGGCAGAAUCAAUUCACUCUAAGUCCACUUCCAGCUCAGGGAAUGCAAACGAAAUGUCCACAGGCAUGUUUCAAAGCAGCCAAAACUUAGUACAUACUUUACCAUUGCAAGAAGAGACCUCCAGUCCUACUUCCCAAACAAAGAAAUCUGAGAAAGUGUGUCCCUCUGAGAACUGCAAUGGCACUUUAUUGUAGGAACAAAGCAGUUAAGGGCUGGGGGACCCUCGAACUGACAUUUCUGUGAUAAUCGUGGUAGGCAGAAAACUUUGAAGAGAAGCAACCCUACUUCGUACCGGGACUCUCCCUCACAUGACAAAUAGGGUGCUUUGGAGUGUUGAGGCUCUCGGAGAAAAAGGACUGUAAACUGAAGGCAGAGCCUGUGAAAACUGAACAUUUCUUUUUUUGUAAGGAUUGAAAAUAAAUCAUGACUGCAAUGUUUCUGUUUUAUUUUCAUCAGUUAUUUUGCAGGAAAUUACAAAAGUAGAUAGAAAGCUAGGCUGUAACUUAGCAGUAGGUGGUAAACGGUGUAAGUUUUCAGGUAGUUUCUGCUGGGUUGAGCUGACAUGAGUGGUGCUACAGUUUAAAGAAAGUAGCUGGGCUGGAACUAAAGGCAAAUAGUUUCUUCUACAAUUUUGACAAAAAGGAAAGCAUUGAAUUACUUUAUGUGAGAAUGCACAAAGUGAAGGUAACAAGACUUUUUUUCUUUCUUUUCAUUGAAUAUGUUGUGCAAAAAACUGCUCCAGCCUUAUUUAGUGGGUUUUUUAAAAUUUUUUUAUUGGUUCACUCCACCAUGGAAAAUGUGGUGUAUUUUUAUAGUACGUAAAUCUUUUGAUAACAAUGAAUAUGGCUCAUCAACACAGCCGGCCUCACAUCUUUUUGUAGCAAUAUCUAAAAUAGAAAGGGUUAAAACAUAUGUUGUAAAAUAAAAAAAAAAAAAAAAAAAAAAAAAAAAAUGUAAGACAGCUUGCCGAAACAGCAUGAGGUGUUUAUAUAAAAACAAGAUGGCACGGCCACAGUGAAAGUACAUUGUAGGUUUUGAAAACCUUUGUAGAUAUGUUUUAGUGUGUAGAUUUUGCACUACAAUUACUAUUUUUGGAAGAACUUACUGUUUGAGAUAAAGGAUGAUGAAACAUAACUGACCACCCUGACAUACUUGCUAACAUUUGGUUACCAAAGAUAACGUUUUUUUUUUUUUUUUUUUUGUCAAAGUUCACAGUUAAUUAAAGGAGUCUAACCUAUGUUAACAGUUUUUCUUUUGGCAAACCUUUUGAAAACAGUAAAAACUGACUUGUGUGCUCAUUGUGUAUUGUUUUAACUUUUUACAACUGACACAAUUUAAUUUUCCUGUGCAGUUUUGUAUUGUUUGUAAAUAUAUAGAAACUGUAAAAGUACCUUUUGACGUCUUUAUGCUUUACAGAAUGUGUACAUUUUUAGAACCUUUUUGAAAGAAAACCCCUUUGUAGACUAUUUAUUUUAGCACAGUGAAAACUGGCUGUGACUUUCGUUUGCAGUCGCAUGUGUUGGUGUUCAGUAGUAUUGUAAAUUCAGAGACCUUUAAGAGAGCAGCGAAUGCUGUGAUUACAUGCUUCCAAUAAAGCAAGGCUGCUGAAUGUGUCUGCUUCUGUAGUUUUCCCCAGCAAUCACUGAUAUACAGCUGUCACAGUGAUCGCUCACGCUGAUUUACCAGUCUAUUACAGACCUCUCAGGCCUGAACGGAAUGAAUUUCAUGUAUGUCAACACACUAUUUCUGUCUUGCAAGGUGUUCAGUGUAAGUAAAAUUAAUAAGAAUAUAUAGCAUUUAUAUUUUAGAUGAAAACACUUGUGGACCAUUUUACAUUUUGAGAAAAAAUAUAGACCACUGUAGGCCAGAAGGGAAUUUUUAAAAAAUCUACUUUAUUUGUUUCAUGAAGGUCCAUCAUGCACAUAGCACCUUUAGAAAUAUGUACUAGGAUGAAUGGGUCAGAGAACCCAUGCCAUGAAAAAGCCAUAAUGGGAUAAUGUACUUUUAUACCUUGCUCUUGCAAAAUGUGUAAUUUAACGGCUGUAUUGCUCUCUGAUGAAAAAGUACCGAUAUUCAAUGAGCUUCUCAUCUUACACUGGAAGAGUAUACAUUACAGUUCUGGGAGCUGUUAGCACAUUGGGGACUGCAUGCUGAACAGCUUAGAAUGAAAGAAAGAGGGAAACCA